UGAGCCGUGUGUGUUCAGCAUUUCAAAGCUCUGCAUCCCACAAGAAAUAAAGAAAAAGCAGUUCAAGAUCUGAAGCAGCAAUGGUGCAACUGAUAGAGCACACCCAGCUCCCCAUCCGCGGGCUCAACCUUCACGUUGCUCAAGUAGGAACAGGCGAGCUCGGAACGGUGGUGUUCUUGCACGGCUUCCCCGAGAUAUGGUACUCGUGGCGGCACCAGAUGCAGGCCGUGGCCGCCGCCGGGUACCGCGCCAUUGCGCCGGACAGCCGCGGCUAUGGGCUGUCUGACCAGCCGGAGGACGAGGAGACCCCCUGGGAAGACCUUGUAGCCGACGUACUCGGCAUCCUCGACGCCCUCUCCAUCCCCAAGGCGUUCUUGGUGGGCAAGGAUUUCGGCACCAUACCAGCCUACGACUUCGCGCUGCGGCACCCUACUCGCACCCGCGGCGUGAUGUGCCUGGGCAUGCCCUUCAGCCCCGUUCCCUUCAACUUCGACGGCACCAUGCCGGAAGGCUUCUACCCACUCCGGUGGCGCCAGCCCGGAAGGGCGGAGGCCGACUUCGGGCGGUACGGCAUCAGGCGUGUGGUGCGCACCAUCUACGUGCUCUUCUCCGGCAGCGAGGUCCCGGUUGCGAAAGAAGGGCAGGAGACGAUGGACCUCGCCGACGAUUCCACGCCUCUGCCGGAGUGGUUCACCAAGGAGGACCUCGACGAGUAUGCUUCGCUCUACGAGAAGUCCGGCUUCGAGUACCCGAUCAGAAUGCCGUACUGGUCUAUAGAUAAGAUGGCAAUCCAGUUGGAUGCCAAGUUCGAGGUGCCGGUGUUCAUGGUGAUGGGGGAGAAUGACUACGCCUUCAAGCUGCCAGGGUUUGAGGCCGCCGUGAGGGGCGGCAUGAUGAACAGCUUCGCGCCUGACCUGAAGGUCGCCUUCGUCCCGGAGGGGAGCCAUUUCGUGCAGGAGCAGUUCCCGGAGCAGGUCAACGACCUCCUCCUCGGCUUCUUGAAGGACCACCCGUGAUGGCAGCACAACGAGCGUUCACCUGAUGGCAACGAGGCAUGUUACAAUACUGUUGCAACUUGUGACCGCCGCUUGUCUUGCACAGCUGCACGACGUACCAUUCGUCCUCUCGUCUUUGUUUCUCCUCAUGUUCCCGUUUUUUACUUUUUCUUUAGCCAAAACCAUCAUGACGAAUUUUAUUGGUUGCGCAUCAAAGAUACAUCUUCUGCUAA